AUUCCGUUCCGUAAACGGGAAGACUUCGUUUGAGCUGAGGAGAGGAGACACACGUUUGAACGCUCCCCAAACCCUAGCUUUGAUCCAUCACAUCGGCCCAUCUCCGAAGCUUUCUCCGAGCAUAACGCGGGCUCGGGAGUGCCGGAGAGCAAAAGCAGGUCCGCCUCAAGCUAAAACUGGUGAAUUUGUUUCGUUUGUGGCUUAAAGGUGGGAUUUUGUUGCCCUUUCGGUGCUCAAGUUUGCAGAGACUUCUGGGGUUUCUGCUGAUUUUAAGUGUUGUUGAGGGCUUCUUGGUGGACGUGAAGGAGGGGCGGGUUUGCUCCAUCUUGUGCUGGGAUGAAUAGUGUUUUCAGUGAGCAGAUACUGGCCGAUAAGCUCUCCAAGCUCAACAGCACCCAGCAAUGUAUCGAGACCCUGUCGCAUUGGUGUAUUUUCCACCGAAAGCAUGCAGAACAGGUUAUCCAAACUUGGGAUAAGCAAUUCCAUAGUUCACAAAGGGAACAGAAGGUUCCUUUUCUUUAUCUUGCCAAUGACAUUUUACAGAACAGCAAGCGUACUGGAACUGAGUUUGUCAGUGAAUUUUGGAAGGUUCUUCCAGCAGCACUUAAGGAUGUUUUUGAAAAUGGUGAUGAACAUGGAAAGAAUGUCGUCUCCAGACUGGUUGACAUCUGGGACCAAAGAAGAGUGUUUGGGUCACGUGCACGGGGCCUGAAAGAAUUGAUGCUUGGAAGUGAACCUCUGCCGACAUUGGAAUUGAACAAAAAGCGCUCACGUGGUUCUGUCAGAAUCAUAAGGAGAGAUUCACGAUCAGUAAAGAUAAAAUUGUCUAUGGGAGGCACAGCAGAAAAAAUUAUAUCUGCACUGCACAAUGUGCUCAGUGAGCACUCCAAAGAGGAGUCAGACUUGAACAAAUGCAAAGCUGCUGUCAUGCAUGCAGCAAAAUUGGAAAAGGAUGUAGAAAGUGUCUGUAAUCAUGAUGGGGAUCCUCGCAGGGGAUCAUUGGCUAAUGAGCUACAGGAUGAAGAAGCAACACUGAAGGAGUGUGUUGAGAAGCUUAAGUUAAUUGAAUCAAAUCGUGCAGUUCUCGUGUUUCACUUAAAGGAAGCACUGCAAGAACAGGAAUCCAACUUGGAGAAUGUUCGUACUCAGCUACAGCUGGCUGAGGCCAUGGUUGAGGAGGCUGUCAACAUGCGGAAGAGGCUCAACAAUGAGCCAAUUGUGAUGCCGAAUAAACCACUAUCUGCACCGGAAUCACCAAAGCCAGAUUCAAUUGGUCCCCCAGCCAAGAUCUCAGAGAAGACUGCUGCUGCAAUUGCCGCUGAGGUUGCCGAUAAGCUUACAGCUUCCACUCAUUCCCAGCAAAUCAUGACCUCAGUUCUUUCCACCUUUGCUGCAGAGGAGGCCAAGAAUGCUGGUUUGGCUACAUCAACUAAUCCAUCUAAUUCUCUUCCCAUAGCCACAUCAGAUAGGAGGAUGAUAUCUGAGAAGCCCUUGCCAAUUUCUGACACCACCACCACUGCCUUCGUACCUGUUCAGCAGAUUGUUGUUUCGACGCCGCAUCAGCCUCAAGCUGUUUUGGUGCGGCAGAGUCCUGUACAAAGCCAGGCUUCGGCAACCCAGUCACAAUACAACAUGUACCCAGUUUCAACACAACAGUACCUGCAACCUUCAGGAGGUGUAAUGAUUGGAUUACCUUACACCUUCAGCACCCUACCUCCACCGCCACCACCUAUACCUCAGGUAAUAAAUCUGGCAAGGUCAUCAUCACCUUUGGUUCAGCAGCCACAGCCCAUGGCUUUGAUUCAACAGCCAGCAGCAGCAGCAGCACCACCACUACUGAACAUGAACCAGCCCAUGCUGAUAAAUCAACAGCCACCUCAAUAUGCCCUUCAACAACCAGCACCCCGCAGUUAUAGGCCCCUGCAAACCCCUGGCAUAACAUUUUACCAUGCUCAAAUACAAUGACUGGACUCUGAGUUCUCUGCAAUGUCCUCAUUCCGUAAUUACCACAGCUAAUGUAUCUGUGCAAUGUUUUUUCUUUGCAAAAUGAGCUCAUUGUAGAGGUGGGGAUCCUUUUUCUGGUGACAAGUCAUUGCAGGAUAUUUUGCUCAGGAGGAUAACCAAAUUGCCAAGAGUUUCUUGGUUAUGCGGUACCGUGUGGUUCUGAUCUUCUCCAAGAACACCCUUAGUUUUCUGUAUACCCAAUGGAAGUUGCAUUUGUUUCAGUAAGAAUUGCCAUGUAAAGUGCAUAUGAUAGGUAAAAUACAGGGUUCGUGAGGAGCCUUUUCCCUGUCUAGGUGUUUAUGUUUGUAUGAAUUCAUCUUCCGGCUCGUAUGAAGCUUGGGAAGUGCCGAAAAGAUGUACAACACUACAUUAACCUUGGGAUUUAGUUUGAAUAUAAAUGUUGAUUCUCAAUGCACAA